AUGGUGACGAUGCCUACUCCGAUGACUUUCUUCGUCAAUUGUGCCGCGAUGAGUUCGGGGCCAUGCGGGCUACCAUCACCCAGGAGGUCAGUUCUGCCGUCUCCAGGACCCUUGGUAACAAUCACGCCACCCUCGGCAUGUUGUCGAGCAUCCAGAAUGAAGUAUCCAAGCAGUCCGCUAGCAUCGAGUCUCAGGUACGGUCCGCCCUUGCUCCUAGAAUGGACUCUCUCACGAGGCGCAUCCAGAAGCAGAUCGAUGAGCACACCGAGCUUAUUGCUACCAUUACGUCCAGAGCUGAUGCCCACGACAGCGCCAUCGCCGCGCUGCAGGCCCAGGUGUCCGAGCUCCAGCGCCAGCUUGUCGUUGCCGCCGAGGCUCUUCGUCCGACCCCGCCUACCCCAUCCUCUUUCGCACGUGAGGUGGACUCUACUAUUGUCGUAGGUGUCUCGCAGAAACCUACAACCAUCGCCUCCGUCGUUGCCGUUCUCCGCCCGUGGCUCAGUGGCAUUGGGUUCGAGGAUGCAGACUAUGAGAUCAAGCAGAGAGGUGCGUCUCCAGCACGCCGGUUCGAAGUUCAUUUCUCUGGUCCCUUUGGUGCCGCCGCUCGCAAGGCGGCCAAAGCUACCUCUGCCCUCAGAAAUGCCAAUGGUUGGCGUGAGUUCUGGGUCGAGCCCCCUGGCGCCGACCGCUGCCGCCUCCACCUCGGCCCAGACAAGAGUCCGAAGCAGAUCAAGUUGGAGGUCAUGUGGGAUGUCCACCAGCGCCGCAAGCACGGGCAUUCCGCGGACACGCUCCGCACCGCUCUUCCAGAGCUCACGCACCCUGCUGAUCCUAGUCGGUCGCAGUGUGCGGCGGUGUGCGGAGGCUGGACAUCUUCAACGCUCACAAUCGUGAUCUUUCUGCUGCGCAAGUUCGUGAACUGGCGGAUGCGAUACCAGUAUCGCGACUCGCGGCUGCUGCAGAGCCCGCCGAAGGAGUCUCGCCCCAUCCCCGAGCGCAUCUUUUCCGAGCCCAUGUUCAGGACAAGGCUGGAAGGCCUGUGCGAGGCCGUGUCGUGGUCGUUCCUGUCCCCACCCGUGAAGCUCGAGAAGUACAAGGACCUUCUGAGAAUCGCGGCGGCCGAGACUCGUGACGCUCUGUUCCAUUGCAAGCCCCGCCAUCCCCGCGCGCUCCUUCAGCUCGUCAGGUCCAGACCGAGGCUGCUGAGGCUCCGAAGGUUGAGCUUGAGGGGCGCAGGCGAAGCGAAGGUGACCGUGCUCAGGUUCGUGCUCAUAUGCGUGCUCUCGAGAGGCCAAGAGUUAUUCGCGCGUGCUAGUGACGCCAUAUUUCUUCCCACGAAUGUUACUGACCUUGAGCUGGGGGGCAGCAGCUGCGUGACAUCCCUCAACAAAAUCGGGGUCCUGGGCCUGCGCAAGUGUGUUCUGAAGCUUAUCUCGGCUGUGGCCUUCCCGUCGCUUAACCAGGACUUCCUCAUCUUCUCCCUUCUCUCCAUGCACCUGCCUGAUGCGUUCGUCCGCUUUGUUUCCUUCCUCUGCGCUUUUGUCGAGGGCGUCGCGUCGCGCUUGGGCUCUCUGGUGCGCGUCUUCUGGAUUCGGAGUGGCAUCGUCCAAGGGUCCGCCCUCUCUGGAACCUUGGUCGCUUUGAGUGCAUCAGUGUUCCUGAUCGACUUGGUUUCGCGGGUUGAGAAGUUGGGCCUCGGUCUCGCGCGGGCCUGUGCCGACGACGUCGGGGGCGCCUUGAGCGCGAUCCACCACCUGGUCCACGUGCAUGGGGUCACGUCUAUCGUCGAUUUGAUGGCCAAUCUCGCCCUGAAGGUCUCCAAAUGCAAGCUGGCCCCUUUGAAUGGCAGGUUCUCGCAGCCCCUUGCGGAGCGGGUGUUCCGCAUUGCUCUGGGCACGUUCGCGCUCGACCAUUGGGUGCAGCUCGAGCGGCCGUCGUUCUGGCAGUCCCCCGCCUUCGUGGAGAACCUCGGGGCUGCUGCCGCUGGGGCCCUUCAUGCGGCCCGCUAUCUUCGCUGGGCCCGCCAGCUGUUGCUGCCGCUCGUGAAGCUCUUGCUCAAGCUGGUCCCGCGCGCCCUCGUCCCCAACGUGCUGCGCGCCGUGCUGUUCGCAAAGCCCUGCUGCGCCGACGGGGUCAGUUGCCCCGUGUUGUCCGAUGACGCCCGCCGCUCCGACUGCCCCGAGAGGGUCGAUGGCGCUCCGAGGAUCGGUGGCGCCGCGUUGGUCAGUGGCGCCGAGAUGGUCAGUUGCCUCGAGUUGCGCGGCACCGCCCGCCGCCCCAUCUGCCGCGAGAGGGUCGAUGACGCCGCGAGGAUUGACGGCGUCCGCAACCGCGCGACGGCCUUCGAGUCCCAGUACCAUAGCCAUCACCACUGGCAGGACCUGGGCCAGCCAGGGCUUACCCAGCUUGCCAGCCUCGACCUUGGCGGUGGCUUUGGCCCCCUGGUCGAGUUAGGCGUCGGCAGAGGUCAGGCGCAGAAGGUGCCCCCAG